GUCCCAAACUUUUUUUUUUUCUUCAGCUCAGGAUUUGUAUUGCUUUGGAUACAGGAAGUAGAGCUGUGUAACUGUUGUCAAUAAAGGGCAAAAGAUAAAUCCAGCUGAUCAAUCAGUUGUCUGUCAUACCCGACUGUUAGUUUGCCUGAAUUGCAAUUUCUACAUUGCAAAUCGAAGUAAAACAUGUCAACGACUGCUCAACUAUUCGAGGAGCCCUUUGAUGCAGACGAGUACAUAGAGAGGUUGGCCUGGAGAACCCCUGGAGGAGGGUCCAAAGGAGGAGCAGAGGCAUUCGACCCCAAAAGGCUGCUGGAGGAGUUUGAGAACCAUAUAGAGGAGCUGAAGCAUCUGGAUGAGAAGAUCCAGCGGCGGGUGGAGAAGCUGGAGCACCAGUGUCACAGAGAAGCCAAGGAGUUUGCCCACAAAGUGCAGGACUUACAGAGGAGCAACCAGGUAGCCUUCCAGCACUUCCAGGAGUUGGACGAGCACAUCAGCUAUGUGGCCACCAAGGUGUGUCACCUUGGCGACCAGCUGGAGGGCGUGAACACGCCCAGGCAGAGGGCUGUGGAGGCCCAGCGUCUCAUGACCUACUUUAAUGAGUUCCUGGAUGGGGAGCUGCGCAGUGAUGUCUUCAACAACCCAGAAAAAAUUAAGGAAGCUGCUGAUAUCAUUCAGAAGUUGCAUCUCAUAGCCCAGGAGCUGCCAUUCGACAGGUUUGCAGAUGUUAAGGCCAAGAUUGCAAGUAAAUACCAUGACCUGGAGCGCCAGCUGAUCCAGGAGUUCACGGCGGCCCAGCGUAGGGGCGAGAUUGGGCGCAUGCGGGAAGUCGCUGCGGUCCUCUUACACUUCAAGGGCUAUGCACACUGUGUGGAUGUAUAUAUCAAGCAGUGCCAGGAGGGGGCGUACAUGCGUAGUGAUGUGUUUGAAGACACUGCACUCCUCUGCCAGCGGGUCAACAAGCAGGUGGGAGAGGUCUUCCAGAGCCCAGAGACCGUCAUGGCCAAACUCAUCCAGAACAUCUUUGAGAACAAACUACAGGCCCACGUAAAAGAAAAACUGGAUGAAACCCGCCGCUCUGAUGUAGAACAAUACCUCAAAAACCUCUAUGACCUUUAUACCAGGACAACGGCCUUGGCUUCCAAGCUGACCGAGUUCAACCUGGGCUCAGACAAACACACCUUCCUGUCCAAGCUCAUUAAAAACAUCUUCUCCACCUAUCUGGAGAGCUACAUUGAAAUGGAGAAAGAUUACCUCCGCACGCGCAGCGCCAUGAUCCUGCAGCGCUACUACGACUCCAAGAACCACCAGAAACGCCCACAGGGUGGGGGCAGUAUCCAGGAGCUGAAGGAGCGGUUCAGGCAGCGCACCAACCUGCCCCUGGGGCCCAGCAUUGACACCCACGGAGAGACCUUCCUCUCCCAGGAGGUGGUGGUCAACCUGCUGCAGGAGACGCGCCACGCUUUCGAGAGGUGCAACAGGCUCUCAGAUCCCUCGGACCUGCCCAAGAACGCCUUCUCCAUCUUCCUGCUGCUGGUGGAGCACCUGUGUGUGGACCACAUCGACUACGCACUGGAGAUCGGCCUCUCCGCCAUCCCCUCGCCUGAUGCCAAGAAUGCCAACCUGUACUUCCUGGAUGUGGUCCAGCAAGCCAACACCAUCUUCCACCUGUUUGAUAAGCAGUUCAACGACCACCUAAUGCCUCUUAUCAGCUCGUCUCCCAAACUGACAGAGUGUCUGCACAAGAAGAAGGAGGUGAUUGAACAGAUGGAGGUAAAACUGGACACCGGCAUAGACAGGACACUGAACUGCAUGGUGGGACAGAUGAAGCACAUCCUGGCUACGGAACAGAAGAAGACAGACUUCAGGCCUGAAGAUGAGAACAACGUCAUGAUCCAGUGCACCGCAGCCUGCUCCAAGGUUUGUGUGUAUGUGAGUCGGCAGGUAGAGCGUGUGCGGAAGUCUAUGGACGGUAAGAACGUGGACACAGUGCUGACGGAGCUGGGCGUGCGUUUCCACCGCCUCAUCCACGAGCACCUGCAGCAGUACAGCUACAGCUCCAUGGGAGGCAUGCUGGCCAUCUGCGACGUGGCCGACUACCGCAAAAGUGCCAAGGACUUCCGGGUUCCUCUUGUGCUGCAGCUCUUUGACACGCUCCACGCCCUGUGUAACCUCCUGGUGGUUGCCCCAGACAACCUCAAGCAGGUCUGCUCCGGGGAGCAGCUCACCAACCUGGACCGGAACCUUCUGCACGCCUUCGUACAGCUGAGAGUGGACUACCGCCAGGCCAGACUGGGACGACACUUCAGCUAAUGGCCCUGGCCAAUGCGUCGCUGUCCAGCCAUCGGUCCGUCCAAUCACCACGGCCUAUGAUUUCACAAAACUCCCCAUGGAAAUGGAAUUCAGCCAACCUAGAUUCUCUGAGUUAGUCUUUCAUUCUCAUCUGCAGUAGCACCUUUUUCUUUGUCCAUCCUAGAGGCCAAGAAAGACCACCGCCAUUCACAGUUGGUCUACAGGUAGCCUAGCGGUUAGAGCAGGGUUUCUUAAACUAUGGGUCGGGACCCAAAGUGGGCCCUGAGUUUGUGGGAGGUGGGUCGCGAGUUAUGAGAAUACAUAUAUAAUCAAACACUAUUUCUUCUUAAUUUGGUUUGUUGGAGGACGAUUUGGGUCACAGGAGGACGGUCAAUUUCUCAUUUGGAUCUCGAGCUGAUAAAGUUUAAGAAACCCUGGGUUAGAGCAUUGGGCCAGUAUCCGAGAGGUCGCUGGUUCGAAUACUCGCGCUGACAAGGUGAAUAAUCUGUUUAUGUGCCCUUGAGCAUGGCACUUAACCCUAGUUUGCUCCAGGGGUGCGAUACUACCAUGACUGACCCUGUAAAACAGGGCUGUCAAACUCAUUCCAUGGAGGGCCUAGUGUCUGCUGGUUUUUGGUUUUCCCU